AAAAAAAACACACACACACGCACAACAAUGUCGAAACAGACAUACAGGGUCUGCUUUUGUUUCCAGCGACGCUUCAAGCUCGCCGCGUCCGAGGCUCCGGCGGAGAUCAGGGAAUUGUUUAAUCGGUAUUCGGAGAAUGGUGUAAUGAGCGUCGAUCAUCUCCGUAGGUUCUUGAUUGAGUAUCAGAAAGAAGAAAAGGCCACAUUAGAGGACGCACAGGCGAUUAUGGAUGGCCUCAGUGAGUUGAUGCACCUCAAUGUUUUUCAUCGGAGGGGUCUGCAUCUCGAGGCUUUCUUUAAGUAUCUGUUCGGUGAUAGAAACCCUCCUCUCUCACCUUCUCUUGGGGUUCACCAUGAUAUGACUGCACCAUUGUCUCAUUAUUUUAUGUAUACCGGCCACAAUUCCUAUCUUACUGGAAAUCAACUAAGUAGCGAUUGCAGUGAUGUGCCAAUCAUAAAAGCAUUGCAUAGUGGUGUAAGAGUGAUCGAACUGGAUAUAUGGCCGAAUUCCACAAAGGAUGAUGUGGAUGUUCUUCAUGGAAGGACACUGACCACUCCAGUUGAACUCAUCAAAUGUUUGAGGUCUGUCAAGGAGCAUGCCUUUGCUGUGUCCGAGUAUCCUGUUGUAGUAACUCUAGAAGACCACCUUACUCCAGAUCUUCAGGCUAAAGUGGCUGAGAUGAUCACUCAAACAUUUGGAGACAUGCUGUUUUCCCCUGGCUCAGAGUGCUUGAAGGAGUUUCCCUCCCCAGAAUCUCUGAAAAAGCGGAUUAUUAUAUCAACUAAACCACCUAAAGAAUAUCUUAAGGGUAAAGAAAUUAAGGGAAAAGAGAGCGAUGCACAGGAGGGAAAGGAUCCAUCUGAUGAAGUGGCUUGGGGGAAAGAAGUACCAGAUCUUAGAGCUAGCAUGGAUGGUCCUGAUAAGGAUGAUUUGGAUGACGAAGAAGACAGUGAGGAUGAUGAAGAUCCUACAUUGCAGCAGACUGCAGCUCCAGAAUAUAAGCAAUUAAUUGCUAUUCAUGCCGGAAAGGGAAAGGGUGGAUUAACAGAUUGGCUUAGGGUUGAUCCUGAUAAAGUGAGAAGGCUCAGCUUAAGUGAGCCACAGCUUGAAAAGGCUGUAAUAACUCAUGGAAAAGAUAUUGUCAGGUUUACCCAGCGGAAUUUAUUGAGAGUAUACCCAAAGGGCAUACGCUUUAACUCAUCCAAUUAUAAUCCACUAAUGGGGUGGAUGCAUGGAGCUCAGAUGGUUGCAUUUAAUAUGCAGGGUUAUGGAAGAUCACUUUGGUUGAUGCAUGGAAUGUUCAGGGCCAAUGGUGGCUGUGGGUACGUCAAGAAACCAGAUUUCUUACUAAAGGCUGAUUCACCUAAUGAAGUCUUUGAUCCUAAAGUUCCAUUACCAGUUAAAACUACUUUGAAGGUGACCGUAUAUAUGGGUGAAGGAUGGUAUUUUGAUUUCUCUCAUACACACUUUGAUGCAUAUUCACCUCCAGAUUUCUAUGCUAGGAUAGGAAUUGCUGGAGUCGAUGCAGAUACUCUAAUGAAGGAAACUAAAACACUCGAGGACAACUGGAUACCAAAUUGGAAUGAGGUGUUUGAGUUUCCAUUAACAGUUCCUGAACUGGCUUUACUUCGGAUUGAAGUUCACGAAUAUGACAUGUCUGAAAAGGAUGAGUUUGGAGGCCAAAUGUGCCUACCUGUGUCAGAGCUAAGAGAAGGUAUCCGAGCAGUUCCACUCUACAGUCGCAAGGGCGAGAAGUACCAGUCUGUAAAGCUUCUUAUGCGCUUUGAGUUUGUUUGAUGUUGUUGUGAGCUUGUGAAAUUUCUUUCCUUGUGUAUUCGUUUGUUUGUUUGUUUUUCUGUUUUUUUUUUGCAAUGAGAGCUUGUAUGUAGUCCUACCACUUGGCCUUCUUGUUGUGUAAGACGCGUAGAUUUACAUCUGUGUAUAUGUACAUGCAUCCAAUUUAUUUUUUGUGAUGUUGUACUGCUGCUAUCAAAUAGUUUGUGCAUGGAACUUGUAUGGUUUUUG